AACAUCACUAAAUACGUACAUUUUUAAACAAUUGUAUCUUUUAAACCAUUAGUUUCCGAGGCAUUUAACUUUGCAUUUUCGAAUGUUUCAGAUCAAAAACUAUAAGAUUUGACACCUUCUAUUCAACAAUUUUUGGUCCCCUAAGACGAAGUGCAGCCCGAAUUAUUUUUAUUUUAAAUGUGCGCCCCAAAUUGAAUCAGAUUACAUUUCCAAUAAGAAAUAAAUACAAUAAACUAUCGCGUGCACGAAGAAGCGGCUUAAAAUAAGGCACUGUUCCAAUAAAUUAUUAUCUGAGAAUAUCGAAUAGUAUGUCUGUAAAUGAAAAUAAAAUUUUCGUGCAAACAAAAGAAAAUGCUGUUCGAGAAUUCUCUUUUGUCGAUGAGGACACAUUGCCGUUGGAUCCUAUCAAAUUGUGAAUAAUUCUUUCGUGUUAAGAAAAUGAAAAUGAAUACCUGCAUAAGUAGGAAAAUGAUUUUCAUGGAGACUAAUGUUGAAAAUUCGUAUCCGGACUUUGACUAGUUUCUACUACAAUGUUUCGGCACCAGUUCUAUUACAACCUUUGAAACCAACAUCAGCUAUCGUGGUCACGGGAUACAUUCCUGCUGAUGCGUUGAGAUUUUCAGUGAAUUUGUUAUGCAAGACAGGCAAUAUUGCAUUGCAUUUCAACGCGCGAUUGGACAGGGGUUACGUCGUUCGAAAUACGAAAUUUAAAGGAUGUUGGGAAGAAGAAGAAACUUGUUCUCCUUCUGGUCAUACUGCUUUCCGACGCAAUUCCUACGUUCAUAUUUUGAUCUUCUGUACUGCUAAUGCGUUUCAGAUUGCGGUCAAUGGAGAGCACUUUUGCGCUUUCUCCUAUAGAAUGCCUCUUGAAGAUAUAACGAACCUCGAGAUUAAUGGAUCAUUAGAAGAUACCAGAUUUCGGCAACUGGAAUUAUUUGUUUAUCCAGAUCCAAAGUUAUGUAGGCCGAGCAAUAUUUUAAGCUUAAAAGUCGAGCAACCGAUAGUCGAGUGUCUCAGCGUUCCGAUUACUGUAGGCAUUGAAAGCGAAUUCAAACCAGGGACUAGACUUUUCAUUGCUGGAAGAUUAAAACUUCUUCCACAUUCGUUUUAUGUGAACCUACAAAAAGGAAAGGCAAUUUACCCACAUCCUAUAAUUGCCUUACAUUUAAAUCCCCGCUUUUCAUAUGGUAGCAGCGCACCCUAUGUUGUGAUGAAUUGUUGGAUGAAUGGAUCUUGGGAACACGAAGAAAGACAUCACGGACAUUUAUCUUGGAUGCCUGGUCGUGAUUUUCUUCUGACAAUUCGAUGUGAACACGAAGUAUAUACAAUAUGGCUUGGUGAUAAAAUGAUUGGAGAAUUUAAACAUAGACUGCAACCUUCUAUUGUUGAUACCCUUAAAAUAUCUGGAGAUAUUGUCCUUCAUGAAUUAGCUAUGACUUAUUCGAAUUAAAUGAACUUUUGUAAUAGAAUUUAUAUCAUUUACUACUCAUAAAAUAAAAUAGUAUUUACCUUUGUC